AUGCUGUCGCCGAAGGGAUUUAACGCCGUCACUCCCUCCGCUCAGCGCUGGGAUCGACCAGCUAGACCGUAUUGGUACCUUAGACGCUGCGGUCGCUGCUCCUCCGAGUUCCUAAAUAUCAUGGGCUUGGGUUCUUUGAAGGACGAGGAGAAGCCCACGAAAACAGAAGCCCCAGACAAAACCAAGCCAAGCAAAGCACUAAAAGCCAAAAUGGAGCAGCAAGCAAGGCUGGAGGAGGAAGCGGAGGCGGAACGACUGGCCAACCUAUCACCCGAGGAUAAACUGGCCGAGAAGCUGCGCCUGCAAAAGAUCCAGGAGGCCUCAGACCUCAAACACGUCCAAGACGCCUUCGGCGUGACGAGUACGAGCGGCGGCUUCGAUGCCUUCAAUCCGGAAAGCAAGGAGGAGUUCAAGGAGUUCGGCACCACGAACAGCUGGAAGGUGGCUCAGUUUCGGGAAUCGGAGCACUUUCCCCAGUUCGUCGAAGAUCUGGUGCGCAGCCUAUGCGUGAACCUGAGCGCCGCUGACAUCAAAAAGGUCAAAAUGAACGUGGAGAUAUUGCACUCGGAAAAGCUGAAACAGGGGCCAGAACACAGUUCAUCGAUCGCCUGUGGUCCGGCACCAUACUACUCUAGCAAUCUGUGUCGCGACGCGAUCGUCCUGUGCUCUCUAGUGUCCACUCCAUAUCGCCUGUGGUCCGGCACCGUGCUACCCAUAGUCACCCGUGUCGCGACGCGAUCCGACUGUAAUAAACAGCGUCCCCGUGCCCGCGACGAGCGUCCAUACCCCUCCUCGUCCCGCGGAGUGACCAGAAUCUUGUCUAGCUAA